AUGGCAGCUAACAACGAUAGAACAUACAUCAUACCCAGUCUUUUGAAGUCAGCUUACCAAGCAUGUAUCAAGAUCCACCGGGACAUGUACGACAAGUUGCCAGUUCCAGAUGUCAAUUUGCAAUCUUGUUGCGAGUCCAUUUACCGAAUUAUAAGACUGAACACGGAGAGUGGGAUUUUUGACUCAUUCGGUGAUAGGCGGUAUAUGUACGAAAAAGUGCUAAAUUAUGAACCUGACUUGCCAAUGACAGUCUUAUGUCAAAUUGCUGCAUCUUUCGGACACAUCGAUUGUCUGAUGUUGGCUCGCGAGAUUGGCGUUCCCUGGUACAAUAAUUUGAACGGUUUUCGUAAUUCGGCGUGUAGCCAGGCUGCUGCCUCCGGCAACCUGGAGUGCCUUAUAUACGCUCAUGAGAAUGGGAGUAUUUGGAACGAGUGGACAUGCAAAGCCGCCGCUAUUGGUGGACAUAUGGAGUGUUUGAAAUAUGCACGGGGCAAUGGAUGCCCCUGGGACGCAGACACCAUUUCUUAUGCUGCGACAAAUGGACAUAUAGACAUUCUGCGUUAUGCACAUGAAUCCGGAUGCCCAUUUAACGGAUAUAAUACGUGUUCUGAUGCUGCGAUGAAUGGACAACUAGAUUGUCUGAAAUAUGCCCAUGAACAAGGAUUCCCGUGGGACGAAGAUACGUGUUCUAAUGCUGCGUUGUAUGGACACCUGGAAUGUCUGCAAUACGCCCAUGAACAAGGAUGCCCGUGGGAUGUGGAUACGUGUGAUUACGCUGCAAAGAGUGGAUACCUGGACUGUCUGCGAUACGCCCAUGAAAAUGGGUGCUUAUGGGAUGAAGAAACGUGUAGUAGUGCUGUGCGACAUGGUCACAUUGACUGUCUCCGUUACGCACGUGAGAAUGGAUGUCCGUGGGUUGAAAAUAAUAUGUCUUCUGAAGCUACACUAAAUGGACAUCUUGAGUGUUUGAGAUAUGUACACGAAAGUGGUUGCCCAUGGGAUACCCAUACUUGUUUUGAUGCUGCGGUAAAGGGACACUUGGACUGUCUGGAAUAUGCCCAUAAAAAUGGAUGCCCAUUGGACGACGAUACGUGUUCUAUUGCUGCGAGAAAUGGAUACCUAGAUAUUCUGAUCUAUGCUCAUACAAACGGAUGUGAAUGGGACGAAGACACAUGUUCUGAAGCUGCGAAGGGUGGACACAUCGACUGUCUCAUAUAUGCCCAUGAGAAUGGAUGCCUUUGGGAUGAAAGCACGUGUAUUGAAGCCGAGAAGAAUGACCACUUGGCUUGUCUACAGUACGCAAAAGAAAAUGGAUGCCCAUUGCCCAUGUAA